AUGGUGAUCUUCUUGUAUCAUGUGGCGUUGACUGCACUGUUCGGCUCUGGAAAGACCCGAUGCUUAAAAUGGUGGACACUAGCGACCAUACUGGAGAUAAUUCCCAGGCAUGCACUGGGUGCUGACCACCAGUGGGACGGUAAUCUUUUUGCAACUGUUGGUGCUCAAGUUGAUAUAUGGGAUCCUGACAGGUCAGAGCCAAUAAAUAGCUUCGAAUGGGGAAAAGAUACGGUUCUUUCUGUGCGAUUUGAUCCUGGAGACUGUAAUAUUUUGAUUACAUCGGGCAGUGAUCGGAGUCUGACACUCUAUGACCUGCGCAUGUCAUCUCCAGCUAGAAAGCUAAUAAUGAAGACAAGGUGCAAUUCAGUAUGCUGGAACCCCAGAGAGCCCAUGAACUUCACUGCUGCAAAUGAAGACACAAACUGUUACUCCUUUGAUGCUAGAAAGCUAGAUGAAGCUAAAAUUGUUCACAAAGGCCAUGUUUCAGCAGUGAUGGAUAUUGACUACUCACCAACAGGGCGUGAAUUUGUCACUGGUUCAUAUGAUAGAACAGUAAGAAUUUUUAAUUAUCUUGGAGACCACAGCAGAGAGAUUUACCAUACCAAGAGGAUGCAAAGGGUGUUUUGUGUGAAGUACACCUACGAUGGGACCUAUUUAGUCUCUGGCAGUGAUGAUACAAAUCUUCGUCUGUGGAAGUCCAAAGCUUCAGAACAACUUGGAGUUCUUCUUCCACGGGAGCGCAAAAAGCAAGAGUACCAGGAUGCUUUAAAGGAGCGGUACAAGCAUCUCCCAGAAGUGAAGCGGAUUGUAAGGCAUAGACACCUACCGAAGCCAAUCUACAACGCAGCCAACCUACGACGCACGAUGAUCGAAGCAGAAAACCGUAAAGAGGAAAGAAGGCGAAAGCACAGUGCUCCGGGGAGCAUGACUGUGCAGCCCUUCAGGAAGCGGAGAAUCAUCAAAGAAGUUGAGUAG